CAACGACGAAUCCCUCUCACCUCUGCGUCUGUUCAUCAUGUCCGUCGCAACCCUCUCCAAGUCGCUGCCGAGGCCAAAGUACACGGGCGAAGAAGAGGAACUCACCAAAGCGACACGCGUGCUGAGCUCCGAGCAGUACGAGACACAAGUCGCGCGGAGGCAGAAUGGCCCGCCUCCAUACGGCAACCGGACGAACUGGCGGCCACGCACGGCCGAGGACUUUGGCGAUGGAGGCGCGUUUCCCGAAGUCCAGGUCGCGCAGUACCCGCUGGACAUGGGGAGAAAGGGCACGCAAUCUACAUCGAACGCGCUCGUGCGGAGAGUCGAUGGCGAGGGGAAGACAAAGUACGACGAGAUUGCGCGACGUGGGCACAGCGACUCGAGGAUUGUGCAGGCGAGCUUCAAGGACCUGAUUCCGCUGCGACAGCAAGCCAAUGCUGGAGAGCUGGACCUGGAUCGUCCGAGCCAGGAGGUGGUGCAGGCAACCAAGGAGAAGACAGAGGCGGCGCUCAUGGCGCUGGUGUCGGGCCAGACAACCGCCCAACGGCCCAAGAACGUCCAGGGCCGCAAGAACGACGAGCCCACCUUUGUGCGGUACACGCCGACUGCGCAGAUGGGCGAGGCGCAGGGAAAGACGCGUAUUUUCAAGAUUCAGCAGAGGCAGAUCGAUCCCCUGGAGCCGCCCAAGUUCAAGCACAAGCGCAUUCCGCGCGGACCGCCCUCUCCUCCGCCCCCAAUCCUCCACUCGCCCCCGCGAAAGCUGACGGCUGAGGACCAAGAGAUGUGGAAGAUCCCGCCGCCGAUCAGUAACUGGAAGAAUCCCAAGGGUUACACAGUGCCCCUGGACAAGCGCCUUGCGGCAGACGGACGGGGUCUGCAAGACAUCACCAUCAACGACAAGUUUGCGCAAUUCGGCGAGGCGCUGCAGGCUGCAGACCGACACGCACGAGAGGAAGUCAAGCAGCGCGCAAUCAUGCAACAACGACUGGCAGAGAAGGAGAAGCUGCAGAAAGAAGACCAUUUGCGCAACCUGGCCAAGCAGGCUCGCGAAGAGCGCGCCAACGCCUCCCGCCGCCGCUCAGACUCCGAAAGCGACUCGGAAGAAGAAGCAGUCCGCCAACGCACAGACGCGCGUCGCGAACGCCGCGAAGACUUCCAGCGCGAGCUCCGCCAGUCGCGAAUGGGCACCGAGCGCAAGAUCCAGAUGCUUGCGCGCGAGCAGAACCGCGACAUCUCGGAGAAAGUCGCCCUCGGCCUCGCGAAACCCACUCAAGGCGGCGAAUCCAUGUACGACUCCCGCCUGUUCAACCAAUCCAGCGGCUUCAACACGGGAUUCAACGAAGACAAUCACUACGAUAAACCUCUCUUCGCGGCCCAGGACGCGAUCAGCAGUAUCUACCGUCCGAGCGUGCAGCAGGAUGACGGAGAAGACGACGGCGCGACGUACGACAAGAUCACGAAGACUAGCAAGUUUGAGGUCCUGGGCAAGGCGAAGGAGGGAUUCAAGGGCGCGGAUACGCAGGAGGCGAGGGAGGGGCCGGUGCAGUUCGAGAAGGAUACAGAUGACCCGUUCAACAUCAACCAGAUGAUUGAGGAGGUCAAGGGGGAGAAGGGCGCGGAGAAGACGGGCGAGAAGAGGUAUGGGAUUCAGGAAAUGGACGGGCGGGCGGCGAAGCGCGCGAGGGUCGAGGAUGAUAGCGAUUGAUUGAUCGGCGCGUUGUGCAUCUGAAGCUUCCGGUACAGGGAUGGAGAUUUUGACUUUGGGGAGGGAUUGUUAUACGGACGGAUACCUGGACUGGCGCAAUAUCAAUAUCAAUAGCAAGUUUUGUUUUAAUUCACCGAUAUGGAGAGAGAGAUGCA